AUGGAAGGAUCGUUCCAGUUGAAUCCAAACGCCAGCCCUUUCAUACCUGGAUCGCUGGGUUCAUUUGCACACAAAGCCCCAGAAAAACAAGGAGGUGAGACUAAAGAUUUUUCUAGUGGUUCUGUAGGUUUUGAACUCUCAGAUUUGCUUUAUUCAUAUGAAUACACUGAGAGCUCAGCAGGUCUUAUCAUUUCUGCAGGGUCAUCAUCAAAGGGAGAGGCUUCUGGUAGCAGUUUUGAUCCUUCGCAGCAUGAGGAAAAUGACAUUGAUGAACUUGCUCUAGCCAACAUGCUGAACUCACAAGAUAUGCUUCAUGAUGAUGCUAAGGCUACCAAUGACCUUCAUAACGGCCAGGGUGUACCUGGUGCUGAUUACCACAAUGCUGAGGUGUCUGAGAGUAGCAGCAAGAUGAGUCAAGAUCUGCAGAAUGAGAAGUCAGCAACUUCUGAUGUGAAAUCUGUGCUGCCAAAGUUCUCAGAGAUCAAUUUGCUUCACAACGACCUGGGCCUGCCUGAUGAUGAGAAGUCAGCGGGGACUUCUGUUGCAAAGUGA